AUGGCUGAAUACCAAAAUAUUGCGGUCUGGGAUUUCGCCUAUCCCAAAGGCCAGUGUGGCUUGCAAAAUGGGAAAACAUCAUUCAACAACUUCACCACGCCAGAAAUCGAUCCACGCACACCACACCGUAAACCUCGCAGCACGUCGGCAAAGUCGUUAGCAAGCAUUAUCGUGGACAACUUGUAUUCAGCAUCGUCGCCAACAGAAGGGACCGGUCGCGAGAAAUCAAGCAGCAAGUCCAAGGCCAAAGCCAAAAGCAAAAGCCACCCUCUGGAUCGGGAGGAAACAUCACAGCUCCAAAAAACUUACCUCCUUUCGAUCCCGAACUCGGGGCGCGUCUACUGUGGGCAGAUGAAAAACACCAUCUCGACGCUUCUGCUUACACCCAAGACCCAGCUGGUUCUGCUCGUGCCAGAAUCGCAUAUCGUCUGUGAGCGGAUGUGUGCAUUGCAACGCCUGCCCAAGGCUCGUGGCAGCGGGCUCCGAAUCCUGCCUGUCCCGUCCGAGAUUGUCAUGGAAUGCAGCAAGAAAGAAGCAGCGAUCGGUGAAGAAUACGCCACGGGUCUUGAAAGUCGCCUGGAAAUGCUUGCCGUGGAGGAAAUCGCGGCCAAAGUUGUCAAGUGCACUAAAGCGAGGCGCUUUGAUGGGUAUCUGGCUUUCGAGGAUGAGCGUUCCAGUUGGCUGUUUUUAGAGAGGGUUGGCAAGACUGUUGCUGAUCUCCCUGGGAAAGUGUGA